AUGCAGCCUGAUGUUGAGAAAUGCACACCUCGGGCCAGAAAGCCAGAUAUGGCCCUUUAUGUACCCAAAGCUCGAAGAGAUUCAGUACUUCCUUUAUCAAGUCAUCAGGAAAUGAAUUAUAGUCACCUGAAUGCUAUAGUGAAGCAAGGGCAAGAAGAAAGUCAUGUGCCCUCGAAGAAUGAUGUCUUCAGAACUAGUUCUGAACUUCAGAGACCUAUUAGUAAUCCUAGCAGACAAGAGCACAAAGCUAGGGAUGGAAAGAGACCUAAUUCAAAAUCAAAAAAAGGUACAUACUUCAAAGAAAGAAACAGAGGAAAAUUCCAUGCUCAAAAGGGAACUGCAGAGUCCAAAGAAAUGUUCAACAAAAAUCAACAAAAGAUCCUAAAUCCUAGUAGUUUUUCCAAAGUACCUUCACAAAUACAUUUUAAACCAAAGAAAGAAGAGAAAUUUAUGGAUUCCAAAAGCAACGAUAUGACAGUAUCACAAGGACUACUUAUUUCACAAUCUAGUAUGGAAACCUGUGAGACUCAGACUUCAAGUAUACCAUUCCAAAGUGUGAAAUUAUGUGAUUUCAGAAAGGAAGAACUAAGUGGGACGAGUUAUGCAGAAGGAGACUUGAAAAACAGUGUAAACGCUGAUUGUAAGGUAGUAGAGAUGGUGUCUACUUCUCAGUUUUCAGAUGAUCUGGUAGGUUGCAAUUCUAUUUUGAAUCCUGACCAUGUGCUAGCAUCUAGCACAAAAGAUGAUGCACCCAUGUGCUAUGACCCUGAUAAUUUAAGUGACUUUGCUGAUGAAAUAUUUACAGGUAGGGAACAGCAGAAUGACAGUGACAACACUAACCAAGCAUGUAUGAGCAUUACAGAUGGCAUAUCUGAUGAGACAUGUGUGGGCAGCACCUCGACAAUUGUGGGCGGAAUCACUGAACAGGCUUGUAGCAACAUCAAUAGUUUGCUAGACUGUAUGGGAGUAAGUACUUACUUAACCCCUCUUCUAGUAGCUAAUAGCACGGAGUGUGAGAAUGAAAAUUCAAGCCGCUUGACAGUUUGUGCAGACAGUUACACUGAAGAUAGUUCAUCCAGUUAUCAGGAGUCCAUGGGAGGACUAACAAAGGACUUGUCAGAGUAUACCUCUUUAAUACCUAUAAAGGAGGAAGCAUCCAGCAAUCAUGGUUCCUGUUUAGACUCCGAACUCUGUAUGUUAAAUAAGCCUGAAUUGCUUUCCAGCAAGUCCUUGAACAGUAAUCUGGAUGGUGCAGAUGACAUCACAGAGUCUUUGAAUAAUCUAAGAACUGGUGAAGAGUUCAAAACAAUUGAGAAUGAUGCCCCUGGGAAAGUAGAAUAUACAGUAUCUUCAGAACAACAAUCAGAACUGAAAGCUCCUCAUCCUUCCUCCAAUGCUGAAAGUGCUUCUACAGAGGAAAGCUGGGAGUCUUUAUUUAAUGAUGAUGGAGACUGCCUGGAUCCGCGACUUCUAGAAGAGUUAUCGGGGAAUUCGAAGAACGGGAAGAGUCUCCAGGAACCUAGAUUUGAUUAUUACAACUGUGAAGUUCCUGAGCUUGACAUCAGCGAUUGUGAACUUCCUCAUGUCAUUGAAAUCUAUGACUUCCCUCAGGAAUUUCGCACCGAAGACCUCCUACGAGUCUUUUGCAGCUAUCAAAAGAAGGGAUUUGCUAUCAAAUGGGUGGAUGACACACAUGCUCUAGGAGUGUUCUCCAGUCCAAUUACAGCCCGCGACGCCCUGAGCAGUAAGCACAUGAUGGUGAAGAUCCGGCCGCUCUCUCAGGCCACAAGAGCAGCCAAGGCCAAAGCAAGAGCUUGCGCUGAGUUUCUCCAGCCCGCCAAGCCUCGCCCUGAGACCUCGGCGGCCCUGGCCCGGCGGUUAGUGAUCAAUGCUCUUGGGGUGAGGAGUCAGCGCACCAAAGCGGAGCGGGAUGCCGAGCUCAAGAAACUGCAGGAAGCUCGUGAAAGAAAGCGGUUGGAAGCAAAGCAAAGGGAGGACAUCUGGGAAGGCCGGGACCAGGCCGCUGUGUGAACAUCAUCCAGAGAAAGAGAUAAUUUCACGGAUUCAGAAGGCUCCAGGCUAAAAGACCUUACUGAGUUUCCUUUGUUUGUGAGCAAGGCAGAG